GUUUGUUACUGAAAAUGUAAAUCAGCUGUGCCGUCUCGUGUUUACGCUGCACGGCAUUCCUAAACGUUUCUAUAUAUUCAAUUUGUUUAAUUAAUUACUAAAAGAAGAUGAAAAACCAAGAGCUUAUCAAUUAUCUAGAGUCCUGUGGAGUGUGCCGCGUGUGCCAAUUGCGCUACCUAAAAGCUCGCGGCCACGAAUAUCGUGAUAUGCAGAAAACCUUUCAGCGCCUGGAUGUGAAAGUGACUGAAGAAGAUGUCCCAAAGGAUGACACACCUGGGGAGCAGCCGGCGAAGAAGCCACGUCUCAGCAUCUGUUCCACCUGCUUGGGUCUCUUCUCCAAGGAUUUUCAGACUCAACUAAUUGCCGGCAUUUUGCAAUCGGAUUUCGCCAAAUACGAUAGUGAGGGUAUUGUCCUCGCUAUAAGUCUGCCGAUGACUUUGCAACUACGACAACUCUCGAUGUGGUUCGCUUUGCAGCGUAAAUUUGGUCGAGCAUCCGUGGACGACAACUGUGCACCAGAUGUGCCCAUUAAGGAGGCGGUGAAAUUGAUACUUCAUCCAAUUGUAUGUGCACAGCUGGGCAAGGAGUACGAUGCCAAUGGAAUGAUGAUUAACAUUGAGUUAAGGCACAGCACGGAAACUGAUGAUGUGGCCAAACUAGUGGAGCUCAAUAGAGCGGCAUUUCCCGCCAAGGCGGCGCAUCAGAAACGAAUUGAAAUCUCGCGUGGAUUGCUUGAGAAACAAUAUCAGCCGUCGCGGCUUAAGGCUGAUCUCUUUGAGAAAUACCUGCCCAUACCGCCAGCCGCUGUCAACGAUCCUCUGCAGCUGCAAUCCAUUGAGCUGGCUGGUCCAUUGGUAUGUGUAGCUGGGCGAUAUCGCAAGCUGAGUCGGGAACUCUCCCAUACACCUUGGGUGCUCAAUGGACAGCGCAUCAUGGAGGACAGCAUUGAGGAGAUAAUUGUACGCAACGUUGGAAUGCAUUUCAGUGAGACGCCCGAAAAGAUCACAUUCAUGUCCAGUGGUCGCGAGGAUGUAGAUGUCCGUUGCCUGGGCAAGGGGCGUCCCUUUGUGCUGGAAAUACCCAAUUCCAGAUGCAGCAGCAUGACCCACCAACAAGCCUUUGAUAUGGAACAAGCUGUGGAUCUCACCGGCAAGGUAUCCAUUCACAAUCUGCAGGUUGUGCCGCGUGAGCAGCUGACGCACAUCAAGACGGGUGAGGAGCAAAAGCGUAAAUAUUAUCGCGCUCUAUGCGUACUCGACGAGCCGGUUACUCUGGAAAUUCUACAAAAGCUGCAAAUCUCCGAGAGCUUUGAUAUACAACAGAAGACACCCAUUAGGGUUUUACAUCGCCGACCAUUGCACACGCGUCCACGCACAAUAUUCAGUGUUAAAACCUGUGUUCAACGAGAUAAUCCACGACUACUAAUCAUCGAUUUGGUCAGCCAGGCGGGCACAUAUAUCAAAGAGCUGGUACACGGCGAAUUCGGACGCACCGCACCUUCCAUUUCUUCGAUUAUUGGGAAACCCAUUGACAUUUUGGCCUUAGAUGUGGUUGGCAUUGACUUGGAUUGGCCAGCAGAUGUAAAUAAUGCAGAAAAUGUAGACAAAUGCUGAAACGGUUACUUUUUGAAUAUAU